UCGAUGGCUACAAAGCCCAAAUCUUUGCUUACUUUCACUGUCUUUUUUAUACGUAUUAGUAAUUAGAUAUCGUUCGUUUUGAUUUUUUUUAUUAGAGGCCGACAAGCCCUCUCUCUCUCUCUCUCCUCCCCCCCUCUCUUCAAUGGAUCUCGCUUCUCUUCUCUCCACAAUCUCUCUCCUAUCCCUCAUCGUCUUCAAUCUCGAGAAAAUCGAUGCCUCGGUCCACACGUACGAGCUCGAGAGCUUCAAAGAGGUCGGCAAUGCCUAUCUCCUCUCCGGCGGCAGCGAGGGGAUCGUCGCUUCUCAGGCCAUCCACAUCGACGAUGGCAGCAGCAAGCGAUCCUUUAUCAAGUUUGACAACAUUACAUUCUGGAGGAGUAAAGAAGCAGCAGAAGAACAUUCAAGCAUGGAGCACAGUACAGGGUUGAUACAAGCUAUUAUAUUUGAAGCUGCUGAUCGUGAUAACAUUGGUGGAUCUGCUUAUGGUGGACAAAGGUCCAUAUGCUGUACACCUGAUCUUGCUAAACUCGAGGGCUGCAGACAAGGAGAAAUCAUUAGAAGACCAUCUUCUGUGGAUGCGGAAUGGCCAUUUGUAAUAAAUACACACUUCAGUGCAGAUUACCGAGACACGAGAAUGGAAGAUAAAGAGGUUUAUAUUACAAAGACUGGAAUGUACAACCUAUUCUUUAUCUCCUGUGAUCCAAAGCUGAAAGGCCUUGCAGUGAGUGGAAGGACAUUAUGGAAAAACCCUGAUGGUUAUUUGCCUGGCAGGAUGGCUCCUUUGAUGACAUUCUACACUUUCAUGUCACUCGCUUAUUUGCUGCUCGGUAUCAUUUGGCUUGUCCAGUAUAUUAGGUUUUGGAGAGACGUACUACCAAUUCAAAACUGCAUAACUGCAGUUAUAGCUCUUGGCUUGUUUGAGAUGACUCUUUGGUUCUUUGAGUAUUUGAACUUUAAUAACACUGGCAUAAGGCCUGUUGGCAUCACGAGUUGGGUAGUGACUGUCGGAGCAAUAAGAAAAACAGUCUCACGUCUGCUAGUACUUUCGGUUGCCAUGGGAUAUGGUGUUGUUCGGCCAACUCUCGGUGGUCUUACUUCUAAGGUGCUUCUUCUGGGGUUAACAUAUUUUCUGGCCACAGAGUUGCUUGAUAUUUCUGAAAAUGUUGGAACCAUUAAUGACAUAUCAGGCAAAGCAAGGCUCUUCCUUGUCCUCCCAGAUGCAUUUUUGGAUGCCUUUUUGAUACUCUGGAUUUUCACUUCUCUUUCUCGAACGUUGGAAAAGCUACAGGCUCGAAAGAGUUCUGUAAAGUUGGAUAUUUACAGGAAAUUUACUAAUGCAUUGGCACUUUGUGUGAUUGCUUCAGUAGCCUGGAUUGGAUAUGAGGUCUACUUCAAGGCAACAGAUCCAUUCAGUGAGCGAUGGCAGAGCGCAUGGAUCAUCACUGCUUUCUGGGACAUUAUUGCCUUCGCCUUGCUCUGUGUAAUGUGCUACCUUUGGCAACCGUCUCAGAGCUCUCAGAGAUAUGCGUACUCCGCCGAAGCUGGAGAAGAUGGCGACGAUGAAGAAGCUCAGUAUCUAACAAAAGGAAUUUCAGAUGGCGGUGAACUCGGAUUAGCCAAUAUGGAGAAAAAAGAGAGGAAUUUAGACAAUGAUGUCUUCGGUGUUGAUGAAGACGAGGUUGAGGAGGAUAAGAGGGAGUGACUACUGUUUUCCUUAUUAAACCAUCAGAAUUUGGGUUGAAGGAGCCGUAAACUGGAGAGCCUAAUAUGCUUAUUAAACCACAAGAGCCUGCAUUAAUGGUGUGAAUGAAUUAUUAUUAUUAUUAUUAUUAUUUUUUUGUAAAAUUGAGCUUAGAUGGCAAUCAUUUGCUGUACAUUAAGGCAUGGUAAUAUCAAAAAGGCUCAUGGUCUGUAACUUGUAUAUAGUCGAUGAUUGGGAGCGUUCAGAAGCAAAAGUUGGUAAGUUUUUGAUUAAUGUGGUACUCUUUUGUUAUUUAGCCCAGGGCGAUAAUGUCAAAGGUGUUCGUGGUAA